AUGCGUGCAUUUCUUAAGUCUCUAGAUGAGCAUGUUUGGGUGAGUGUGCAAAAUGGUUGGAAACCUCCCUCUACUACCGUAUCAGGAACUGUUAAUCUUACUGACAAAUCACUAUGGACUAAGGAUGAGAUAGCUGAGUGUAAUUGGAAUAGCAAGGGGCUUCAUGCCUUGUUUAUGACUGUGUCUCCCGAAGAGUUUAAGAGAGUGUCAAUGUGCGAAACUGCUAAAGAAGUUUGGGACAUUCUUGAAACUACACAUGAGGGAACUAAAACGAAAGGAAAGUCCAUAGCCUUAAAAUCCAUCAAAGAGGAUGAAUCGUCUGAUACUGAGUCUCUUAGGGAUGAUGAAAUUGCAUACUUUGUUAAGAAAUUUCAAAAAGUUCUCAAGAAUAGGAGAAAACCUCAGGAUAGAAAAAGUGGAGUCCCUAGCAGAUUCUCAAAAGAAAAAACUGAAAGGUUUAACAAUAAAGGGUCGAGUGAUAAACCAUGUUUGGUUAGGUGCCAUGAGUGUCAAGAUAACGAAUCUGAGACCAAUGAUAGGCAGGAAUCAUCUAGUAGUGAAGAUGAAGGGAACUAUAUGGCAUUUGUAUCGACUGUUAAGAGUGAAUCUGAUAAGGAGAGUGACAAGGUUGAAGAAGAACUUCACGAUGAUAAUUCUAGUAAUGAGGAUGAGGAUGACAUAGACAUACAAGAGGCCUAUCAACUUUUGUUUAAGGAGAAGGACAAGGUUAAGACAUUGGCUAGUGAAUUGGAAAAAUCUAAUGCUCAUCUUCAGACUUUCAUAAGUGGGACUAAGAAAUUGGAUAAUCUUUUGGGAAUGAAUAAGCCAGUGGGAGAUAGGAGAGGACACACUAGAACUAGAUGUUAUAAGUUAGGCAAUGAGCAUAGAAAUCAGAACAUUCCUAGUCAGGUUAGCUUUCUGUCUAAUCAGGUUAGUCAUUUGACUGAGAUGCUUACUAAGCUAACUAGGAGUACUUUGUCGCCUAAGAAAGUUUGGGUCAAAAAGGGUGAUCUAGCUAGACAUUCAGGUCAAGAACAUUGUUAUGUUGCUCAUGUUGCAUUAAAAGCCCAAAAUUAUAAUAUGUGGUACCUAGAUAGUGCACGUUCUAGGCAUAUGUGUGGUAACAAGGCUUUAUUCACUACUCUUGAUGAAUGUAAUGGGGGUAUGGUUACCUUUGAAGAUGGGGGUUCUGCACCUAUUCUUGGCAAAGGUCUAAAGUCUAACUUGUUAAGUAUUAGUAAAAUUUGUGAUGCUGAUUUUGAGGUUAGCUUUGUGCAAAAGAGAUGUACUGUGAGUGCAAAAAUUGAUGUGAGUGAACUUUGGCACAAAAGUUUGGGUCAUUUGAACUAUAAGAGUCUAGUACAGCUGGCUAAGAAGGAGUUGGUAGAUGGUUUUCCUAAGAUAGGUCCUAGUGAAAAUGUUGUGUGUGGACCAUGUCAACUAGGUAAACAACUUAAAGAAAGCCAUAAAAAGACUUCUAGAAUUCUGACCAAAAGACCCUUGGAAUUGAUACACAUGAAUUUAAUGGGACCAUCUAGGACUGAGAGUUUAGGAGGUAAGCGGUACAUUCUUGUUGUGGUAGAUGACUUCUCGAGGUUCACAUGGAUAGAAUUGCUUAGGGAAAAAUCUGAUGCUUGUGAUAUUAUAAAAUCAUUGUGUAAACGGCUUUGUAAUGAACUCAAUCUCAAAGUGUCUAGAAUGCAUAGUGAUCAUGGAAAAGAGUUUGAAAUUUUCAAUCUUGAGAGUUUCUGCAUGGACGAAGGGAUACUGCAUGAGUUCUCUUCCCCUAUCACUCCUUAA